CUUGGUUGGUAGGUUUGGUUAAGUUUAGGUAUGAGGAGUGAGAUGGUUGGGUUAGGGUAAGAAUAUCAGGAUCAGAGCCAAUCAAAGGCAGAGUAGGCGGGUCUUCACACAAUGCGGGUGGGAAAAAAAUAACACCGCCUCCGUUGACGUGCUAUCUGCUAGUUCGUAAACUGGCUAGCCUAUUUAGAGAAAAAUCCAACAUUUGCAGCUGAGGCGGGGGCCAGGAGUAUAGGCACGAUGUUGGUCCCCAUAUUCACUCUUAAGCUGAACCACAAGAUAAACCCCCGCAUGGUGACUAUAGGAAAAUUUGAUGGAGUCCACCCAUGCCUUACUGCAGCCACACAGGCUGGAAAGGUUUUUAUCCACAACCCUCAUGCUCGUGGUCAGAGACCUGUGGCCCACCGACUGAGCCAGAGCACCCAGGACUCCGACAUCUCUCUGCUAAACAUCAACCAGGCAGUUACUUGUCUGACGGCAGGUACACUGGGACCAAACACCACUGGGGACACACUGUUAGUGGGAUCCCAGACCAACCUGCUGGCCUAUGAUGUCCAUGACAAUGCUGAUAUAUUCUACAGAGAGGUGACAGAUGGGGCCAACGCUAUUGUGUUGGGGAAACUCGGGAACAUCCCGAAUCCUCUUGCUGUCAUCGGAGGGAACUGUGCCUUACAAGGCUUUGACUACGAAGGCAAUGACCAUUUCUGGACAGUAACCGGAGAUAAUGUCAGAUCUUUAGUGCUCUGUGACUUCACUGGAGAUGGGAACAAUGAGCUCCUGGUAGGAUCUGAAGACUUUGACAUCAGGGUAUUCAAAGAGGAUGAGCUUGUUUCUGAGAUAACUGAAAAUGAGACGGUAACAUCACUGUGCCAUAUGAACGGCAGCAGGUUCGGUUAUGCCCUGGCUAAUGGCACUGUGGGAGUCUAUGACCGCACUGUACGAUACUGGAGGAUCAAGUCUAAAAAUCACGCGAUGAGCAUCCAUGCCUUUGACCUGAAUGCUGAUGGGGUUGUGGAGCUUAUCACCGGCUGGUCCAAUGGAAAGAUCGAUGCUCGCAGUGACCGCACGGGUGAGGUCAUUUUCAAAGACAACUUCUCCUCUUCUGUGGCCGGAGUGGUGGAGGGAGACUAUAGGUUGGAUGGACAGAAACAACUCAUCUGCACCUCCAUAGAGGGAGAGGUCCGUGGUUAUCUGCCAGCCAGUAAGGAUCUCAAAGGGAAUCUCAUGGACUCCAGUGCUGAACAGGACCUCAUUAGAGAGCUCAGCCAUCACAAACAGAAUCUGCUGCUAGAGCUACGUAACUAUGAAGAGAAUGCCAAGGGUGUGUCAGAGACACACAGCGGCAUGGGUGUGAUUCCUGCCAACACUCAGCUCCAGACGGCGCUGUCAGUGAGACCUGCGACGGAGGCCCAGAAGGCUCAUGUAGAGCUCAGCAUUUCCACACCAAAUGAAACCAUUAUCCGUGCAGUGCUCAUCUUCGCAGAGGGAAUAUUUGAGGGUGAGAGCCAUGUCGUCCACCCCAGCGCCCAGAACCUGUCAGGCAGUGUCCGAGUCCCCAUCGUCCCCCCAAAAGACAUACCAGUAGAUCUGCAUAUCAAAACCUUUGUUGGUGGGAAAACUAGCACCCAGUUCCAUGUGUUUGAAAUCAAUCGACAGCUCCCUCGUUUCUCCAUGUAUGACAUCGCGGUUGACCCCUCAGCUGCUCCACCCACUGGAAGGGUCACUUUCAGUAUCAACGACCGGCCACAGCGGGUGGUGAUGUGGUUAAAUCAGAACUUCCUGCUUCCAGAGGGAGUAGACAGUCCGGACGUCACUUUUAAUUCCCUAAGGGGAGGAGGACUGUUGUCCAUCAGCAUGGCCAGCAAUGGACAGAUCACUCUGAGAACCGACGAUAUUGACCUGGCAGGAGAUCUGGUCCAAUCACUGGCCUCAUUCCUGGCAAUAGAAGACCUGUCAGCAGAGGCAGAUUUCCCCAGCUACUUUGAGGAGCUAAACACCACCCUCACAGAGGUGGAUGAGUUCCACUCUGUCCAUCAGAAGUUAACUGCAGCGAUGGCUGACCACUCCAACUACAUUAGGAACAUGCUGGUGCAAGCAGAGGAUUCUCGCCUUAUGGGUGACAUGACAACUAUGAAGAAGCGUUACAGAGAGCUGUACGAUCUAAACAGGGAUCUUAUCAAUGAAUAUAAGAUUCGCUCUAACAACCACAAUGCCCUACUGGCUUGUCUCAAGUCUGUCAACCAGGCUAUACAGCGGGCUGGUAGACUGCGAGUGGGUAAGCCCAAGAACCAAGUGAUCUCCGCCUGUCGAGACGCCAUCAAGAGCAAUAACGUCAACGCCCUCUUCAGGAUCAUGAGAGCCGGCACCGCAUCCUCCUGAGGGUGGAGGGAGGAAGGCAGGAAAGGACAAGUAGAUUGAAAGAGAAAGAUGUUCAAGAGCACAAUCGAUCAGCACUGUAUAGUAUCUGUUUCCAGCAAGGAUGUUCCACCAGAACGAUGAGCCUUGGAGGACAAGACACUAGGAUUGUGGAAUUGGGACACUGUUGUAGCCUUAAUCUAUCUUUUUUUCAUGAUUUAGGGAAUAAGCAACAGCCUGGCAGCAACAUUUGGCACCAGCUCCAUAAUAUUUUUGACUGUAAUUGAAACUGGAAAUUCUGCUAGCUUACAGAAAUAACUUGCCAACCACUGGCUUAGUGCAAUGGUGAAAUUGCCAUCCAUCUCAGUCAAGUUCUGUGGCUGUCUGGAAAUGCUUGAUGUAGUUGCAGUUUAGCUACAUAAUUGUCAAAACGAGAUUAUGAGUCAGCAGGCAUAAGAGAUAGAACUGUUUAGACGCUUCAGCUGGACCAAAACAGGAAGUGGAGCCUUUCCCCAAACCAUUUUUCCAAAAAACUUAAUUGGAAUUGAUCGAUAUGAAAAUUUCAACAUGCUAGACUUUGCUCACACCCUAUACUGUUUGACAGCAUCAUUAGAUACGAGUUACAAAAGAGUUGAGCCUGGUGUCCAGUGAAUCUACAGAUGCAACAGAGAUACCAGGUGAUGUUGCACAUUUGAAAUGUUUAAAAAUUCAGGAAAGUCAUCGAAACUGCUCAUUUGGCGAACAUGUGCGUCUGCUGGACCGGCACCCUGACUGUUUAAUUCAGCUGACACAGUAAUGUUUAGAAAGAGCGCAGCUGGAGCGAGGCAGAGAGCGGCCUCCUCCCACGUAGAGCCCUACCGAGAGUCAGUCGUGCCAUUGAAAUCACUGGUGGCCCGGAUAGUUCUGUACGACAGCUCGCUCAGACUCAGGUCUCUGCUCCCAGCUGUUGUGUGUUUGUGUGAUGUUUGUAGCCAAAGAAAACUAUUUUAAAAUGACUGAAUGUCACAAAGGACCAACGCUCUGUGUUUUAACUUGUUUAUCUUUUUGUAGAUCACACACAGUGACUGUAAAUGUAAUUUUGUGUUGGUGGCAGAAAUUAUUAUUAAAUUAACUUAACUUAAA